CACCGUGCUCGCUGCAGUUACGCUCCUGGCUGAACCUUGUGGCUGUCGGCCUAGAGCACCGUCCGCCCCAGCCCUUCUUUUCUAUAGGAAACUCGCACUGACGUAAAGACACCAGAGCAGACGGGUUCCAUUAAGAGCUUCGAUACAACUGAUUUAUUGAAACGUAAGUCCAUAAAUUGUCCGCGUAGGCUGACGACUGGGCGGAGAGGAAAAGUUACCGAGACGGGCAGACGAGAGGUAAAUAGGCAGUGUGUAACCUGGGCCCGGCAUGGCUGAUCUGCUGAGGCUGCUGCUGCAGGUGGCUGAGAAAGCAGCUAACGUGGCUCGGGUCUGCAGGCAGGAGGCUCCGCUCUUUCAGCUUCUUGUGCAGGAGAAGACUGGAGAUGACAAGAACAAGAAGUUCGUCCAGGACUUCAAGACACUUGCGGACGUGGUGAUCCAGGAGAUGAUCCGACAUGAUGUUGGCGCCCAGUUCCCCGAAAUGGCUGGCUUCAUCCAUGGAGAGGAGUCCAACAAGUUUGAAAAUGGGCUUGGGGAGAACGUGACAGUCACUGUGUGCGAUACAGAGCAGCAGACUGCUGCGCUGUUGGCCACAGUGUUGGAUGGUGACCACAUAGCAGCAGCUCUGCUGGCUCGAGCCAUCCACCAGAACCCGGCUACCAUCGACGCCAGCACAGAAGGCCUGACAGUGCCGCUCAGCCCCUCAGAGCUUGGCAUCUGGAUCGACCCCAUAGAUGCCACCAGCCAGUACAUAGAGGGCCGAGAGGAGGUGCUGGAGGAGGGCCACCUGUGCCCCUCAGGUCUGCACUGUGCUCUGGUUCUGAUUGGGGUGUACCUCCGGAGCACAGGCAGGCCUGUCAUGGGUGUUAUCAAUCAGCCAUUCAACUACAAAGAUCCCACAGGUGGAGGCUGGAGGGGGAAGCACUUCUGGGGUGUGUCCUGUGGCGACAUCAAUAUCUGCUCCCUGUCCCGGCCCAGCAACAAGCCUGAAAGGGGCCAAGGUCUCGCCGUGGUGCUGAGCUCCAGCGAGAAGCAGGUGGUGAAGGAAGCCCUGACCUCUCUGUGCGGCCCCGACAAGUUGAUGUACGCCUCAGGAGCUGGCUACAAGAUCCUGUGUGUCAUUCAGGGCCUGGCAGACAUCUACAUCCUCUCAGAGGGGAGCACCUUUAAGUGGGACUCCUGCGCCCCUCACGCCUUGCUCCGAGCUCUUGGAGGUGGGGUGGUGGACCUGACUGAGACUUUACACUCCAGCUGUGGAGCACAGGAUCACCAGACAGAACUGACCUAUCACCAGCCUCACACUGAGUGUAAAGGAGCUGACCGCUGGGCUAACCACGGGGGCCUGGUGGCUUAUCGAGACUGUUCCCAGCUCCACAGCAUCAUCACAGCUCUGAGAGGCAAGCUGUAGUGAAAAGAUGUCAUCAGCACACAAGCAGUUACUGCAUAUAUGAUCAUAUUCACGUUUUCUAUAUUGGAAGAAUAAAGUUGGAGGCACAGGAGGAAAAUAUUUUAAUGAUGAA